AUGGUCGAGAAAAGCGCCAGUAGUAGGGAUGCCGGUCCAGGCUCCAACUUUGCGAUUGAUUUUUUGAUGGGAGGGAUCAGCGCAGCGGUCGCCAAGACCGCUGCAGCACCCAUUGAGCGUGUCAAGCUGCUGAUGCAGAACCAGGAUGAGAUGAUCAAGCAGGGCACGCUGGAACAGCGUUAUGACGGGAUCUUGGACUGUUUCCGCCGCACGGCGAGCCGAGAAGGUGUGAUCUCGUUUUGGAGAGGUAACACAGCUAAUGUGUUGCGAUAUUUCCCGACACAGGCUCUUAACUUUGCCUUCAAGGACAAGAUCAAGGCUAUGUUUGGGUUCAAGAAGGACGAAGGCUACUGGAAGUGGUUUGCUGGGAACCUUGCGUCGGGCGGUGCGGCGGGAGCGAUUUCGCUGCUGUUUGUGUACUCGCUAGACUACGCCAGGACGAGAUUGGCGGCGGAUGCCAGCCACCAUGGGGGGUCGCGGCAGUUCAGUGGGCUGGCUGAUGUGUACAAGAAGACGCUGGCUUCGGAUGGAGUAGCAGGGCUGUACCGCGGGUUCAUGCCGUCGGUGACCGGGAUCAUUGUGUAUCGAGGGUUGUAUUUCGGGCUGUACGACUCGCUGAAGCCGGUAUUGCUCACUGGAUCGCUCGAGGGUUCGCUUGCUGCGUCGUUCCUGCUCGGGUGGGUGAUCACGACCGGGGCCUCGACGGCCUCGUACCCAUUGGAUACCGUCAGGCGUCGCAUGAUGAUGACUUCGGGACAGACCGUCAAGUACUCCGGUGCUUAUGACUGUUUCCGCAAGAUCGUGGCACAGGAAGGUGUCACUUCGCUGUUCAAGGGUUGCGGUGCCAAUAUCUUCAGAAGUGUCGCCGCAGCAGGUGUGAUCUCGCUGUAUGACCAGCUUCAAAUGCUGCUGUUUGGUCGAAAGUUUAAAUGA